CUUGUUUCCUUCACCACCAUGGCGAGUGCAGGCGUGUUCGCGUUCUCCCGAACGGUGCAAGAAGAGAUGGACUGGAUGGAGGCGAUGCGGCGUGCUAACCCAGACGCGGCAGAGGACGUCCUCUCAAACAGCCGACUUUUUGUUGAGCUGGCCGCGGAAGGCGAAGUGCGCUCGAUGGCCGAGAUCGUCGCCGACGUGGACGGCCAACUGCAAAACAACGUGUUGUGCUACUACUUUGUGAAAAUGUUCCAGGUGGCGUCGUCUCGGCGACGCAUGGAUGUGCUCAAGUACAUGCUGGACCACGGCUUUGAUGCCCACCAUGCGUUUGUCAAGGACACGUUGCACCGCGUGAUCGACGCCGCCGCCAGCGACGACGAAGACACGUUGCAGCCCGUCCUGCACCUUCUUCUUGCCCACAUGGACGUCAACUUCCAACGGCAAGGCGAUCUGUUCACGCCACUGCAUGUGGCCUGCGCAAAGAAUUUUUACGGCGUGGCGUCCCUGCUACUCCUCUACGGAGCCGACGUCAAUGCCAUUGCCGCGGUGACUACUACUCUCAUCCCAACUCGAACACUUCUGAGAUAUCUAGUUAUAGGACGACUUGAUGCCACUCAAUUGUGCCGAACGCUGCGUGGCGUCACCACAGAACGACGCCAUGACCAAUUCAAAUACACUCGUGGAGCUGUUGAAGAAGCAUGGAGCUCGUCCGACGUGGCGCAGACAACAGCCAGCACAAGUACCCGCAACACAGCCAGAUCAAACGGUGGACUUGUCGUCGCAAUUCAAAGUGCUGAGCUUUUCCUCCCACAACUUCGACGCGUUGUCGUCAACAGGACUCAUGUUUACCACACACGACACGGAUUAGCAUAACGUUAAGUACUGUCACUCGACAGGACUUUGAAUAUCAAUCGAAAAUCAAGCUCCAAGCUCAUUUCGAAAAAUCGAUA